CACACACAAAAGUCAUAGUAUAUCUUUGUCUUCUUGCUCUUGCUUUUUAAGUAUCUGAAACAUAAUUUUUACACAUUAAUUUUGUUGAACUGUUGUUAAUUUGUUUGAAAAUGGGGUGCAAGCCAACAGAGAAGCCAAAGCAAAAGCACAAGAAGGGAUUAUGGUCCCCUGAUGAAGAUGAUAAGCUUAAAAAUUACAUCAUCAAGCAUGGACAUGGCUGCUGGAGCUCUGUUCCCAUUAAUGCCGGCUUGCAAAGGAAUGGAAAGAGUUGUAGAUUGCGGUGGAUUAAUUACUUAAGACCUGGCCUAAAGAGAGGGGCAUUUAGCUUGGAAGAGGAAGAAACAAUAUUGACUCUUCAUGCCAUGUUUGGAAACAAGUGGUCUCAGAUUGCACAACACUUGCAUGGAAGGACAGAUAAUGAGAUAAAGAACCACUGGCACUCUUAUCUAAAGAAGAGAGUAGCCAAAAUGGCAGAAAAUGAAGGCCACACUAAAUCUGGUAACACAGAAUCUUCACCUUCUUCCAAGAAAUUGACUCCCCAGAAUUCCAGUUUGGACUCAUUUGAACACAUAGAAGGAUCAUUAGCAGAUUCAGAUCAAUCUGCUUCACAUGUGGACUUUCCAAGAGAGCCUCAAAAAGUUAACUUACCCAAAAUAUUAUUCGCGGAAUGGCUUUCUUUGGAUCAGUUUAAUGGGCAAGGUUUCCAGAACUCAGGCAAUUUUUAUCCUUCCAAGAAUAACUUUGGCUAUAAUAAUUCAGAGUGCCAACACGCCUUCAUGAAUGAUGUACUGAUGAAUGAUGAAAUUAGUUAUGCUAAUGGCAUAAAUCAAGAGGUUAACAACGGGAUAGUGGAUGAUAUUUUUCAACCCCAACUCAAGUUUGAGGAUCCCAUGUCUGCAAAUGGAUUUGAGGAAUUUAUGUCGGGGGAAUUCGACAUAAACGAUGAUGUGAUGUACAUAUGAGUUCACCUUUUAGAAUCUUACAAAAUUGUGGUAUUUACUUUGGAGGUAAUAAAGCAGGAAUUUAGCAUAUUUUUACCAUAGACGCCUUCUCUUUUCUUGUAUUCCAUCUUGUACAAAGUCUAAUUCAUUGUAUCUGUACUAAUGAAAGAGUUGCAAAGAAACCA